GAAUUAUUUCCUGGGUCUAAGUACAAGUUAAAAAAUGAAAAUGAUGUUUAUCAACUCAUCAUCAGUAAUCCUAAAGUAGAAGACACAGGCAAAUACACCAUUGAAAUUGGUGGUGUUUCUUCAACAGCUUUUCUAAAUGUGGAUGAAGCAGAUCCUACUUAUACAUUCCUUAAACCAUUAAGCAAGAAGAUAGAGGGCUUUACUAAACAUGAAGUACAAUUGGAAUGUACUGUUAGCAACAGCAUGGCUGUUGUUCAUUGGUACCGAGGUGAUAAGAAGAUUGAAGAAGGCGAUAAAUAUGAAACAUCGAAAGAUCUUGCAGGAGUUUGUAGGUUGACAAUAAAAUAUUGUGAAAUUGAAGAUGGUGGAGAAUAUUCUGCAAGAAUUUUUAAACAAGAGGAUAAAACUACUACAAAAGUGGUAAUAGUUGAAUAUCCUUACAAAUUUGUGAAAGUAUUGAAGAGUCAACAAAUAACAGAAAAAGACACAAUCACACUUCUUUGUGAAUUAGAUGAUGCAGGAGGUGAAGUUACUUGGUUGAAAAAUGGUGAAGAAAUUAAGCCUGAUAAG